AUGGAGAUAUAUUUAGUGACUGGAAAUAUGAAUAAAAAGGAAGAAUUUUUAAAAAUGAUGGAUGAAGAAUUAAACGUUGAAUUUGUAAAUAUAAAUUUGGACGAAAUCCAGGCUCAAGACAUAGUAGAAAUUAACGAACAUAAAGUAAAAACUGCGUAUAAUAUAUUAAAGAAACAAGAUAACAAUAAAAAUAAAAAACGUUAUGUCAUAACAGACGAUACAGGAUUAUUUAUAAGCAAGUUGAAUAAUUUCCCAGGACCAUACAUUAAGUGGAUGCAGAAGGCUCUGGGUUCCAAAGGAAUAGCUGACGUGGUUUCAAGACUAGACGACAACACAUGUCAUGCUAUUUGUACUUAUUCUGUGUAUGAUGGUAAAGAUGUACACUCUUUCAAAGGAAUAACAAACGGAAAGAUAGUUGAACCUAGAGGAGAUAAUAAAUUCGGAUGGGAUAAUAUAUUCCAACCCGAAAGUCUUUCCAAAACCUUUGGAGAAAUGACAUUUGAUGAGAAGCAAAAUUUUUCCCCACGAUUUAAGGCCUUCGUACAAUUAAAAGAAUUUUUAAUGAAUGAGCAUAAAAAAUACAAUAAUGAAUUUUAA